AUGGCGUAUCGAGACUUAGUGAGAGGCUGGCAUGAAGGAAUUCUGGCUAUAGAUAAGGGGGACUGGGAUUCUGCCUUGAAAAUCUUCUCCAGUAUCGAAGAGCCAUCCUCCAGGAUCUAUUUCAACAUAGGCUGUGUGCAUCUCUCAACAGGGAACCCUGAGGGAGCCUUGCAGGCCUUUGAUAAAACAGUUACCAAGGACAACCAUCUAGCUGUUGGCUUCUUUCAAAGAGGGUUUGUCUGUCUGCAGUUAGAAAUGUAUGAAGAAGCUCUGUAUGACUUCAGCAUGGCCCUCACUCACCUAAGAAAUAACCCUUUCAUUGACUACAAACAACUGGGACUAAGGCAUAUGCUCUGUGCCUGGGAGGUGCUGUACAAUACUGCAGCAGUGCAGUGCCGGCUUGGGCUGUGGCAGGAAGCUAGAAUAACCCUGGAGGAGGCUAUCAGACAGAGGCCUGAAGGAAGAACCACAAGCCUGGAUGUUGCCCUUGAGUGGGUGCAGAAUCAUCUCUUCCUGGAGCCCAUACAUGUUCCCCUGGGGGAAUUUUUCAGACCACGAAAGGAGGAAGUUGAGCAGCUGGAUUCAAAAGAUUUCCUGGGUAAACCCAAGGUGAUCUCCUCCGUCAUUCCCAAUGAUGAGUACAUCGGAUUUGAGCCUCUCAGGCCACAGAGACAGGGCUUUUACGAACCCGGUGUCAAUGCUGUGCGAGACCGCGGCUCAGGUUACUAUCAAGUUGUGACUCAUUAUUACCCUGAGGACUCUGACGAGAUGGCAGUGAAGAGCAGCACUAUCAUCUUUGUACUAACUAAAGGGGCAGACGGCUGGGCUACCGCCAUAUGUGACGGACAGAAACUGCGUAUACCGACCUCUCACCUGGAGCCUGUUUAUGCCCCCAAGGCUGAUAAGUGGAAAGUCAGUAAUGGGAUCCCUCUUCCCCCCGUUAAAGUGCCCCCCAACCGGCCUCCCUUGCAGGAAAUGGACCACCAGCAGCCAGGACCUGCUGAAGGAGAAGACACUGCUGCAAAUGAUGCUGAUCCGCAAGCAGACUUGCAGCAGGUCCCACUGGCUCAGGACAAAGCAUCCUCCAGCGAGAACAGAUCCAUCCUGCUGAAAGUCCACUGUGACUAUACAGUUAAAGUGAACAAGGCCCUGACCCUGUCAGACCUCAGGUCUCUGCUGAGGGAGACGUUCAGCCAGCAGGCAGAGCUUGGGAAGCUGAGCUGCAGGCUUUCAGACAGCAAAGAGUUAAUUGUGAUUUCGGGAGAAGAGGAGAUGGGGAAGAUGUGGCAGGAGGUGACAGAUGGGAGGCUGACACUCUGGUGCCAGGGCACAGAUGCCUGUUCAGACAGACCCGUUCUCUACAGGAUGGUAGCACACCACGGUUACACGGCGCAAAGGCCAGAGGAUCUGGAAUUCAAUGAAGGAGACACGCUGGACAUUCUCUCCGAAGUGAAUGAGGAAUGGCUUGAAGGCCACUGCAAUGGCAACUUUGGCAUUUUCCCCAAGUGCUUCGCUGCCCAGGCCAGCAUUGGGGCUGCCUGCCCUUAG